AUGACGAAGAGGCAGUACAGUCAAGGGAUGGGAUGGGGAUCUUGCAUGCUUAUAAACACCAGGCAUGGGUUUGCCAAAAUGGCAGGCCGCGCGAGGCCUAGGGACGUUGGAAUACAGCUUUCUGUGAAUGCAGCCUGCAGGCUCUGUACACUGUACAAGGAUAUUCUCAGAGCCACUCUAAAACUAUCGCGUCGCCGUACUCUUUGCUGCCGUCGUGCUUUUUGA